CAAACACUGGCCAUAGUCGCAGUAUCGGUAGCCGUACAGCCGCGGGCGGAAGCGGAACAGAGGGCGACGCCGUACAGCGAGCAGAGGCCGAGAAAUGGGCGCGCCCUGCCUACCCUUCCCGUCCACGCCGCCGUCCUGCCCAUGCGGUGCCGGCGCGGCCCGCUCGAGCGUGCCCAUGCUCGCGGCCGCGCCUUCCCUUUCCUCCCCCUCGUCCACUGCCGCCAGCGCCGCUACGCGGUUUCAGCUCGGCGUCAGGAGUCGGGGGCGCGCCGGCGUGGCGCGGGCCGGCGGCCGGGGCGACGGUGAGGGGGCCAAGGAUGCCGGAGCGGCGGCGUUCUUUGGAGAGGACGGGGUGGUGGAGGACAUGGACGGGUACCUCGACUACCUGUCGCUCGAGUACGACUCCGUCUGGGACACCAAGCCUGCCUGGUGCCAACCUUGGACAAUAUUGCUCACUGGAACUGCUGUGGUUGCGUGUAGUUGGGUGCUCCAGUCGGUUAUAAUUACUGCAGGAGUUUCUUUUAUAAUAUGUGCAUGGUGGUACAUAUUUCUAUACUCCUAUCCUAAGGCAUACACCAAGAUGAUUGCAGAGAGAAGAAGAAAGGUAGCCAGUGGAGCUGAAGAUACCUACGGGAUGGAGAAAAUCCAGUGAGGAUCUCCAGCAGUGCUGCUGUAGAGUGCAGAGCUUUCUUGUUUCUAGCAUUGCUUGCUGAGAAUGAUAGUUAGAAUGAUUGUGCACCUCAGGCUGUAGCACAUAACACCAGUUGGCUUCAGAAUGUAUUUCCCAGAAAUUGCAACAUCAUCACGGAAUCAUGCUGCCUUGUUUGUCCAAACCUUCA